UUUAUGCGUGAUGUCGAUGCACCGUGCAGUGGCAUCGCGGACGUACACACCCAUACAAAAGGGCAGGGAUUCUUUUGUCAGCCACCUGACACAGCUUCCCCUUCCCCCUUUUUCCCAGCCCGCUCCGCCCAGGCUCAACGAUGCGCUUCUUUCCUGUUCUUUCUGUCCUUGUCUCGCUCGCAUUCGCUGCUGCCAGCGCAAAAGAUGACUACCCCGUCAAUGCCAAGGGCUACUCAGGAGUCAUCAAGGCCAAGCGAUCUCUCAACAUUCUGUUGAGCAAUGACGACUCAUGGGCGUCUGCAAAUAUCCGUGCGACCUACUACGCACUCAAGACUGCCGGCCACAACGUUCUCAUGGUCGCGCCGGCCCAGCAGCAGUCUGGCACCGGUGGCACUGUAAACCUUCCCAAGCAAGCCACUUUGUCCGGCCCGGGACGUGGCGGAUCUCUCCCCCAGAGUGCGCCUUACCGUGGCGCUAACGCAAGCGACCCCGGCCUGACGUACUUUGAUGGUACGCCAGCCGCUUGCACCCUCUUUGGACUCGACCAGGUCGUCCCCGACUUCUUCAAAGGAAAGGCUGUUGACCUGGCAGUGACUGGACCCAAUGAAGGAACCAACCUUGGUCCGUUUCUGUACACGCUCAGCGGCACCCUCGGCUCGUCGUAUGUCGUUGUUGAGCGGGGCAUCCCCGCCAUUGCAUUCUCGGCCUCUACGGCCAUCCGUGACUACAAGACUCUCAACUACGACAAUGCCAGUGACGAAAGUAUUAUCAUUGCCAAGUACACGGCCAACCUGGUUUCGACCCUCGGCGACAGCCAGUCGCACGAGAAGAGGAGCAACCCUGAGGCAGGAGUCCUUCCUCUCGGUCUAGGUGGUACUGUCAACUACGCUUCGGGUGUGGGUCAAGUUGCAAACUGCUCAAAGGCCAACUGGAUCCACACCAGGAUGACGGGAGGGGCCUACAUUGACCGCAUCAACAUUGGCAGCAAUGGCUUGCCCCAAUAUGAGAACAUCGUUGCGCCCGGGCUCAACCGUUGCCUUUCCGGCGACUGCAGCCUGCCUGGCGAGCAGGACUCGGUCAACAAGGAUAAGUGCGCUGCUACGCUGAGCAUCUACUCGGUCGACUACGACGCUCCUACCGCGGCUCAGCACUUGCUGAAGCACCGUGUCGACGGCGCAGUCAAGACGCUCAACAGCAAGAGCGGCAAGCCAAAGUCUAAAAGGUCGCUCUGAGCCACUUCAAUCACCUUGUGUCUCUAUCAUCACGGCCCUGUCCGUGUUAUGUUGCGGACAUCAUGCCAAAGCGGACAUUAUUGGCUGCGUUUUUUUCACCGACCCUCACAGGAACGAUUAGUAACCUUAGUGGAGCGAAGUAAUAGCUAUCUCCACGGACUUCAUCCCGGGCUUGAUGAUUUUGCAGAGUAAGCAAGCUCUCCAUGGGAAAUAUCACCACGUGUGGCGCGCCUCGGAGCUUCAUGACACUAUGAAUUUAACCG